AUGUCAACGUCGUCAAGAUCAUGUACCGUUGGUGGAUGUAAAAACCCGUCGCGUACUGUUUGUAUAUGUUGUAAUAACUGUUUUUGUCGUAAUCAUUUAACACAGCAAUUUAAUCAAAUUAAUGAGCGACUACCACCACUUAUCGAUAAAAUCAAUGGACUUACACUUCGGCUCCAUAAAGUCUCUUUGACCGAACCUUCAUAUCUGGUAGCACUCGAAAAAUGGCGUGAUGACGCUCAUCGAACUAUUGAUCGAUAUUAUGAAGAAAAACGUCAAGAUUUUGUCGAUGAUAGACGAGAUAAAUUAAAAAAAGAACUUGAUCGUCUACGAAAAUUAUUAGAUAAAUUAAUACGAAAACAAGAUGCAACUAGAGAAUAUGUUGAUAUACUUACAAAAGAUAUUCGUUCGAUUGAACAAAAAUUUAAUGAAUUUCAACAUCUUCGACUUACUAUUCAUCCAUUAGUGAUUGAUGCUAAUCUUAUUCUUCGUGAUCUUCUUCCUUUACCAUCAUCAUGUCGAACAAUAAAAAUUAAAUUUGAUGAAUGGUCAUCAUUAGCUACGAAUGAAAAAAGUUUAUUAAUACAACAGGAAUCAAAUUUAUGUUUACUCGAUCGACAUUUAGCUAUUAUAAAAGAGUUACCAUGGCCUCACACAGGUAUUUGGGAGACUUAG